AAGACAUGUUGGAAAUCUGUUUUGGUGACACAAUGCUGAGAACAGGCGUCUGAUGUCGGUUUGCUUCUUCAUCAUACGGACUACAGACUCAACUGCCUCUGAGGAGUCGUAUCUCUGGUGGUGCUUUCUGGCUAAAGUGAAGUGGGGCUAUUAUGUGGCAGCUUGAAGGGGCAAAAUGCAGCUUCCUUUUAUGCUUGGGAAUGAGCAUUAUUAUUUGUUCCGUAAUUUACUUGAGGGUCAGUAUACCGACUGCACCCAAGCCUUCAGAGCCUUCAAGUUGCAGGCCCUUUAGCACUGAAUGUGAAGCUGUCCUGCCCGGCACUGAGAUAGGAGACGAAUGGCUCCGCCGUGACUGCCAGGUGGAAAGCUAUAUCCUGAAUAGUCACCUGCAGUGUUCCAAUUUGGCCAGAGAGCUGCACUUCAUCACAAGACCUCUGAGCCAUGAAGAGGAAGACUACCCUUUAGCAUUUAUUUUGACCGUUCACAAAGAGCUGGAGGUUUUUGUGCGCCUGCUGCGGGCCAUUUACAUGCCACAGAAUGUCUACUGUAUUCACGUGGAUGCUAAGGCUCCAUGGGAGUACCAGGAGGCUAUACGGAAGCUAGUCAGCUGCUUUCAAAACACUUUCCUCUCCAGCCGCAGCGAGACGGUGACCUAUGCUGGGUUUUCCCGUCUUCAAGCAGAUGUGAACUGCAUGAGGGAUCUUGCCCAGUCCAAGAUAGGCUGGAAGAAGGUGGUGAAUCUGUGUGGACAGGAUUUCCCUGGCAAAAGCAACCUGGAACUUGUGCAGUACAUGCAGAGCAAAGAGUGGAGGGACAGAAACAUGACGCCUGGGGUGAAGCAGCCGGUGCAUAUGAGGCACAGGACAGAGGUCGAACACAUUGAGAUCACAGGCUUACAUGUUGUUCCGAAAAGGAUGGGGCUGAAGAAAAGUCCUCCUCCAUACAAUCUGCAAGUUUACUUUGGAACAGCCUACUAUGCUCUCACAAGGCCCUUUGUGGAUUUUGUUCUAACAAGCCCAAUAGCACAGGAUCUCUUGGAGUGGUCCAAUGACACGUUCAGCCCAGAUGAGCACUACUGGGUGACACUCAACCACAUCAAAGAAGCUCCAGGCAGCCACAUAAAUGGAGAAUGGGAAGGAGACAUCCGGGCAAUCAAGUGGAAGGAUCAAGAAGGGAGUACACAUAAUGGCUGCAAAGGGCACUAUGUACGAGACAUCUGUAUCUAUGGAAUAGAGGACCUGCCCUGGAUCAUUGAAAGGAACAGCAUGUUUGCCAAUAAAUUUGAGAGAGACAGCUUUCCUGAGGUGCUGGACUGUCUGGAGCAGUGGCACAGAAACAAGGUGCUCAGCCAGUCGACUGUUCCCAUAGAGCCAUCAUGGCUGCUGGCUACACGAAGCAACUCAAGCAGCACCAGCUACUUUAACAGCAGUGCUCGAGCAUGACGUCGCUGUUGACAUCCUCAGCAAAAGACAGUUCAGAUGAUUUGCAAUUCCAAAAGGUGUGAGAAGGAAAACACUGCACUGAGAACCAAAGGAUGAUGCACUGUACAUGUCCUAAGUCUGUAGCAUGACUACGGUUCACUGAUAUAUUUGCCUAUAUAUUAUUUUUAUAAUGAGGGGAUAAUUUAUAUAUAUCUGAGCAUUGAAAUCUGUUUGCUGUACUGUAAUGCAUUCAGAGCAAGUGUACGACUCCUUAUAAGAAACAUGCAAGUCAAAAACUAUUUCCAUUUGGGACAACUAGAAUACACAAAGUAUUGAAUAAACCACUGUAUAUGGACUUAAUAUAGUUUAAUUGCAUCAAAUAUGCUAUGUUGUUCAAUUCAAUAUUUGUCAGUAUGUUGUCCAGUUUGACAAAUUUAUGUCUGUCAAAUCCUUAAUAAAUGAAUUAAGGAGUUGGUGUAAAGAAAUAAAGACGAAUCCAAGAAUAAGCUCUGUUCUCUUUUCCUCUCUUUGCUUCAUACUAAUGUUCACUUUAAUGUGUGCAACUUAAGUCAGAGUGAUUGGAGAGGUUAUAUUCCUGAGUUGUUUCGUUCCAAAAUACUAUACAAGGAACUCAUUUCAUAAGGUUAUUUAAAUAGUUUUCCUCAAAAUUAAGGUCAGUGGUAUUUCUUAAAUUUUCAGACAGUUUCCGACCAGGAGCACUGGGGUUUCAGAAUCUGUUCCUUGCUGAUAUACUUCACUUCAAAAGAUUGUAACCUGUGUGGUCAGAAUUUAUCUUGAGAUGUGAAAUAAAGACUUUCUCAGAAUGGAGUUGUCUUUGAGUUGUUAAUACUAAGCUCUGCAGAGGGUUACACAUUCAGUGAGUGUGCUCAAAGCGGAACUCCCCAGAGUAAAAAAGGCAGGUUUUUAUACAUAAUUGUGUUUCAGGACAUACACGUUGUUUGUGAUCACAUUUAAUCUGGUAAGCAGAUAAACAUCUACUUCUACGAAUA